CUGUUUAAUAGUCACCUUCACCUUUCAUGAGAUGAAUACAUCAAAACAUAAAAAAAUACAGUACAAUUUGCAUUCGUCGUCUAUUUUUAUUUCUUGUGUAUGUUACUGCGAAUGCGUCCUGAGCUCUGUUUAAAAACGAUUUGAACGACAACUAAUUCAACGGAUAUAAGAAAUUACUUUGCUGUGAAAAUGUCUCUUUACGAUGAUAUCGACGAAAAUAAAGCUAAAUCUGUCACCGGAUGGUCGUCAGGAAUCAAGCUUUUACAUUCGCAGAUGCACUUAAAGAAAGCUAUGAUUACACAGCCAAAACGUGAAGGUAUCCGAAGAGCUAUCCAUCCUGUAAUACCACCCUGCCUCACAGCUACUGAAUCACAGAUAAAAACUGAACCUGAAAUGACCAAAAAUCUGAUUCAUCAGACACCCCAACUCUUGACAACUAUUGUUCCUAAACAAGAGAGAUCCUCACUCUUUGCUGAAUUGGAAUGGGACCCAAAUCUAGAGUAUGAUCCACUGCAUCCUACUGACUAUGACAAAAUCAUUAGGGAGAGAAAGGAACGACGAGGGAUUGAAAUUGAAAUAGAAGAAGCUGAAAAGAAAAGGAAGCCUAGGGAUGAUCGAGAUAUUAAAACCAGAGACAGGUCCUCAUCUGCUGUAGGAUCAGGUUUUGCUGGACGUUUACAUGAUGAGGAAGAGGAACCAAUGGUGAAGAAGUCCUCUACUUCUGGUGGAGUUGCCAUUGCCCCACCUCCAUCAUUACAAGACACAUCAUCACCAUCUCAUCCUUCUCUCUCCUCUACUGGAAGUGGGGUUGGAGCUCUUGGUGUUGCUGCUAAGAUCAUGGCAAAAUAUGGAUUCAAAGAAGGUCAGGGACUUGGACGACAACAGCAAGGUAUUGCAGCUGCAUUACAAGUGGAAAAAACAAGCAAGCGAGGUGGACGUAUUAUCAAUGAAAAAGAAAUUAUGCCUCCUCCGCCACCUGUUGUGUCGCCAACAGCUGCUCCCAAAGCGGAAUUAACGAUUGCUGAUAUCAUGAAGAAUCCUUCAAAAGUGAUUUAUCUGAGGAAUAUGGUUGGCCCUGGGGAAGUGGAUUCUGAUUUGGAACCCGAAGUACGCGAGGAAUGUCAGACAAAAUACGGAGAUGUGAAUAAAGUUGUUAUUUUCGAGGUACCUAACGCCGAGGAAGAGGAAGCUGUACGGAUUUUUGUUGAAUUUAAACGAAUGGAAGCUGCCAUCAAAGCCGUAAUUGAUCUCAACGGCCGAUUCUUUGCUGGUCGGCAGGUGAAAGCCGGAUUCUAUGAUGUGGAAAGAUUUCUCAAGAUGGAGCUGAAUGAUUGAACACGUAUUGAAAAAUAAAUUUUACGAAUCGAAAGUAAUUGAAUUUAAUUACAUGGUAUGGCGUUGUUCCCAAAACUUGGAAGCAUUUGACCUUUAGGACGAAAAACCUUUCUCUCGUUCUAGGAAAUAAGAUUGAUUCCUUAAAAGGGAUGAAGAGAGAUGAAUUUAAACUACUACGAAGCAAAACAAAUUCUAACUUCACAAGCUAGCGUGUCCUCGCAAUAUCACACCAGAACAAAUAAUUGAAUUGCACAAAAAUGUGAUGAUCAAGCAAGGUUCUACAUUCAAAGUUUAAAAUAGAUUUACUUUACUUUGA